CUGAAGUAUGCUUCACUUGUCGUCUCGUAUUCCUCACUACAUCAGAUUCCACAGGCAUUUUCCUUAAUGGUUUACUAAUAAUAGUAACUCGGAUUCAGUAGCCCAUGUACACGGGAGUAUCACCUGUAGUGUCGGCGGAGAACACUUGCGUAUCCGCUUUUUGCCGGCGGGAUAGCGGUCCUUAUUCAAGCGCACCGACCCAGACCAUUAACUCCACCAGAACCCGCAGGGGGCCGUGAGAGCACCGCGCCAGCGUGUGCUUCGUACUCACUGCAGAGAAGAUGAAUAUCCAGGUUAUGCCAGAGCACAAGCUCUCAUCGGUUGCCCCAAUGAAACAGUGCAAUGUGGAGAAAAAAGAGGUAGAACUGAUUCUAGUGAAGGAUCAGAACGGCGUCCAGUACACAAAUUCCUCGAUCAUUCCCACCAAUGGUGGUCCACCCGGAUCCUCCUCCGAGGACAACCGAGAAACUUGGGGCAAGAAAAUAGACUUUCUCCUGUCGGUUAUUGGCUUCGCGGUGGACCUGGCUAAUGUCUGGAGAUUUCCUUACUUGUGCUACAAAAAUGGAGGGGGUGCCUUUUUGAUUCCCUAUAUUCUUUUCCUGUUCAUUGCCGGGAUGCCAUUGUUCUACAUGGAGCUUGCCUUAGGCCAAUAUAACAGAGAAGGAGCAGCUACGGUUUGGAAAAUAUGCCCCGUCUUUAAAGGUGUGGGCUACACUGUGAUUCUCAUAGCCCUGUAUGUUGGCUUCUACUACAAUGUCAUCAUUGCUUGGUCACUCCACUACCUGUUCUCCUCCAUGACUACUGAGCUGCCAUGGCUCAAAUGUGGGAACAGCUGGAAUAGUGUGAACUGCACUGAAUUCAAUGGAUCUCUUCCUGAUAAUAGCACAUCAUACGCCAAGAACAAGAAUACACCGGCAGCAGAAUACUAUGAACGGGGCGUGUUGAAUCUUCAUGAAAGUAGUGGUAUCGAGGACCUGGGCUGGCCUCGCUGGCAGUUGGUUUUGUGCCUGGUCGUCGUAGUCUUCAUCCUGUACUUCAGCCUGUGGAAAGGUGUCAAAUCGUCCGGCAAGGUGGUGUACAUUACAGCUACAAUGCCCUAUGUGGUCCUUCUUGUGCUGCUGAUCCGAGGCAUAACCUUAGAUGGGUCUAUGGAUGGCAUCAAAGCUUACCUCUCUAUUGACUUCAAGCGACUAAAAACUUUAGAGGUGUGGACUGAUGCCGCAACACAGAUAUUCUACUCGCUGGGUGCAGGAUUUGGUGUGCUCAUUGCAUUUUCUAGUUACAACAAAUUUGACAACAACUGUUACAGGGAUGCUCUCUUGACCAGCACUGUGAACUGCGUUACCAGUUUCUUCUCAGGGUUUGCCAUCUUCUCUGUGCUCGGAUAUAUGGCUAAAAAACACGGGGUGAAAGUAGAAAAUGUGGCAACAGAGGGUGCAGGUCUGGUGUUUAUAAUCUACCCUGAAGCAAUUUCAACACUUCCGGGCUCAACAUUUUGGGCCAUUGUGUUCUUCAUCAUGUUGCUGACUUUAGGCAUUGACAGUGCAAUGGGUGGCAUGGAGGCAGUCAUCACAGGCCUGUCAGAUGACUUUAAGAUUCUCAAAAGAAACCGAAAGCUUUUCACCUUCGCUACAGCUUUUGGAACCUUCCUGUUUGCUCUGCUCUGCGUUACCAACGGUGGAAUGUAUGUCCUGACCUUGUUAGAUAGGCAUGCAGCAGGGACUUCAAUACUCUUUGGUGUGUUGAUCGAGGCCAUUGGAGUGUCGUGGUUUUAUGGUGUGGAUCGCUUCAGUGAAGAUAUUGAGCGAAUGAUGGGCUUCAAGCCAGGACUCUACUGGAGGCUGUGCUGGAAAUAUGUCAGCCCUGCUUUUCUGUUGUUUGUGGUAAUAGCCAGUCUGACAUCAUCAGACCUGAGCUAUGAUAGCUACAUCUUUCCUGAAUGGGCCAACCAAAUCGGCUGGGGUGUGGCAUUGUCCUCCAUGCUGAUGGUUCCUUCUUAUGCGAUGUAUAAGUUCUGCAGUCUAUCAGGAACCUUCCGAGAGGUUUGUAUCAAGAUAUGUUCAGCACACAACGUUUAA